CGCCCCUACUCCACCCGCCGCCUCCGCUCCUCGCCGCCGCGCGGCGCGGCGACGUGCAAUCUUAGGGUUCGUGAGAGGGUUCCCGAAUCCUCCUUGCCGUGCACCACACCGUCCCCCUCCACCGACGCCGCUGCUUCCCAUGUCGCUCCGAUCCGGCGGCCGCCAGCUAUCUUUCGAGCUUCUCGCGGGCGACCUCACCGCCGACGACCCGGACGACAUCUCCCCGCGCUCCCUGCCCGAUACAUCGUCCGAUGGGCAGCGCCGGCGCAGGAGGCGGUCUAAGCGCAAGCGUGGGUUCCGGAGCCCCCCGAUCCAGGAGGCGGUUUCGGAGGGGGAGCAGCAGCCGCGCGUGGAGGGCGGCGGCAACUCGGCCGCGGCGUUCAGGGUCCUGGAUCUGAAGUCGACUGCGGAGACGGUGUGCGAGAGCUCGGACGCGGAAAGGUCUGCGGCGAGCUGCGUGACCUAUGUUGGCGUGGAGCUGAGGCAGAGGAGCGUCUCCGGGGGCGGGAGGGUGGUGGCAGCGUCCGCGGAUGAUGGGACCAGCAGCUGCGGAAGCAGCACGCGGGAGAGCGCCGCAGCUGCUGCGGCUGUGGCGGAUGUGGCAGCCAUGGCGUGGCGGCCUGAGGCAAAUGGCGGCAUGAAGAAGAAGCUGGAGAAGGAGUCGUCGCUGGACUGGGAGAAGUACAUGAAGGACAAUAACAAAAUUCUCGGAGAAUUUGAGCGCCUUGACAAAUCACCAUUCAGAUACUUUCUUGGGGAACUAUAUGGUGGCAAUUCACUGAGAAGCACAAUUGCAGUGGGCAAUGAGAAGAAGCGGCAGCGGGUGUACAACACUAUGUUUCAUGUCCCAUGGAGAUGUGAACGGCUAAUUGUCGCAGGAUUCUUCGUCUGCUUGGAUUCCUUUCUGUCAUUGCUUACAAUUAUGCCUGCACGAAUUGUCGUUACCAUCUGGCGGGUGAUGAAGACCAGGAAGUUCCGGCGGCCAAAUGCUGCUGAUUUAUCAGAUUAUGGAUGUUUUGUAGUUCUAGCCCUUGGAGUUGCCUCUUUGCAAAUGAUAGAUAUUAGCUUAAUUUACCAUGUCAUUCGUGGUCAGGGCACAAUCAAGCUUUAUGUCGUAUACAACGUACUAGAGAUCUUUGACAAACUCUGUCAAUCAUUCGGUGAGGAUGUGCUGCAAGUUCUGUUCAACUCAGCUGAGGGGUUGUCAGCAUGCUCGACAGAUAAUGUGACAUUUGAACUGAUGCGGUUCAUUUUGGAUGAGGCUAUAGCCGUUGUUGCAUUUGUUGUCCAUUCAUUUGUCUUGUUAGCUCAGGCGAUCACCCUGUCAACAUGCAUUAUUGCCCACAAUAAUGCAUUAUUGGCUCUACUGGUAUCAAACAAUUUUGCUGAGAUUAAAAGUAAUGUAUUUAAGCGUGUUAGCAAAGAGAAUCUUCAUAAUUUGGUAUACUAUGACAUCAUUGAGCGAUUUCACAUCAUGGCCUUUCUGCUAUUUGUUCUUGCUCAAAAUAUCUUGGAAGCAGAGGGCCCAUGGUUUGACAGCUUUCUUAUUAAUGCGUCAUUGGUUUUUUUGUGUGAAGUACUUAUCGAUGCUAUCAAACAUUCUUUCCUUGCAAAAUUUAAUGAGAUAAAGCCAGUUGCAUAUUCAGAAUUUUUGGAAGAUCUUUGCAAGCAGAUUUUGAAUGACAAACCUGAUGACCGUCAGAAGGACCUAACAUUCAUCCCACUUGCCCCAGCUUGUGUUGUAAUUCGUGUAUUGACCCCAGUAUAUGCUACCCUCCUUCCUGCUGGCCCUUUUAUCUGGAGAAUAUUCUGGAUUUUACUUUGGUCAGUUCUGACCUAUUUUAUGCUCGCCAUAUUCAAGAUAAUCGUGGGAUUGAUACUGCGCUGCCUUGCAAAUUGGUAUGUAAAUCUACGGCUCACAAGAAAACAACACGUGGAUUGAGUACAUGGCACCACAAUUCUGCUGCUAUCGUUACAUCUGUGAGUAGAAAUUUUGCUGUGGUGCAUGAAGUGCAGCAAGCACUGCAGCUGCUGAGAGUUAUAUGACAGAAGUAUUCAUAGUAUAGUACAGCGCAGAUGAAUAUUAUAGUCUCUUCUUCCAAGGGUUUUGUCGAUUCGAGGAACAGAUUAGUCAAAUUUUGUGGUGUUUAGACUUCUGACCUCCGUUUGUGCAUAGCUCAGCUUCAUCCAAAACUAUCUGCUGUCACCUAACCAAGAUGUUCUGGUCUGUGAUGUAAGACAUGUUUAUACAUUUUUUUUAAAAAAGAAACAAACUGUACUUUCGUGUUCAGC